UAAUGCGUUUGUGCUAAAAUGUACUUGUCUUCUCGCUUUGGAUGCUUCUGAGUUCUCUCUGCUCUUGGGUCUCGAGCACUUUCUUCUCUGUCUCUCUCUCUCUCUCUCUCUCUCUCCCCCCUUAAAAGCAUGAAAGGGAGACAGGGUUUUGUGGGGUUCGUCUUCCUUCAAGUUUUUCUCUAAUUCUUUUCUCUCCUCUGAAUUCUUGUUGUAUUGGCGUUUUUAGAAACCGAAAAUCUCUUCUUCUUCUAGUCUCUCUUAUGUUUUGCAGGUUUCUGCUCUUACAGUUUCCCAUGUUGGGACCAUUGUUUUUCCUUGUCUUUUUUCUCUCUUCCUAAGGUAAAAACAAAAAAACAAAAAAGGAAACCCCAUCUUCCAUUUUUGUUUUCCCUUGCAUUCUUCUUAGGACAAAGAUCUUAGCUUUGUGCUUUCUGGGCUUUUGAGAUUGUGUUUGUUUGGUGAUCUUUUCUUCGUCUGUUUCUGAAGAAGCCUCAGACAUUGUCAGGUUCAGGAUUUGGAGAUUCGUUACCUUUUACUUAAACUGGAGAUGGGUUUUUGCCUUUUAUACUAAAAUCCUUUUGUUAUCUUUGAGGUCUUUGAACUGCAAGAAAUGGGUGGCAAUAUAGUUGGAGAAUCGUAAUAGUAUAAACCUAUGGUAGGAGUAGUGUUGUUACUGAUAAGGAUCCUUGCCAAAUUAGAAACCCAUAUAAGACAUUUGUGUUCUUGUGGUUAUGAGGAGUGAGGGCUUGAUAGUUUGUGAGAAGAACUGGAAAUAUGUUAACUUAGAGGAAGACAUUCAGCUGCGGCCUGGUGAAGCUCAAAGUUUUUGGAUGUGGAGGUUCUUUUAGCAUUGUCUUCUCUUAAUAUGAUAGUGAUUUUAGGAUUUACGCUCUCAAUUGGUAAGAGCUGGUCCUAGGAGAGAGGAGUCUAUCAGCUAUAUUUAUAUUUAAAUUAAACAGCAUAUAGAACCUUUCCUCUUUCCUCGUAAAGUUAACGAAAUGGGCUGUGCUGCGUCGAGGAUUGACAGAGAAGAGAGAGUGCAGGUUUGCAAGCAGAGAAAGAGGCUAAUGAAACAUUUAGUGGGGUUUAGAGGAGUAUUUGCAGAUGCCCAAUUGGCUUAUUUUAAAGCAUUGAAGAAUACCGGAGUGACUCUCCGGCAAUUCACGGAAUCCGAGUCCUUGGACAUGGAAAAUACUGCUGAAGUCUUUGCGUUGCCACCCUCCCCACCUCCACCAUUACCGCCUUCACCUCCACCGCCACCUCCCCUUAGUCCUGAUUUGAGGAAGGUGGACAAUGAUCAAAAAGAAGAAGUUGGUGAAGAAGAAAUCAAAGUGAUUGCUCAGUUCGACACCUCAUCAUGUCCUCCAAUCUUGGGCUCGUCGUGGGAAUCCUGGGACCCUUUUAGGACUUCUUCACCAUACCCUUGGGGAAAAGACGAAAUGGUGGAACCAGCGGAGGAGGAAGACUGGGCGGAGACUAAGUCAGAAUUUGAGGAAGAACCAGAGGAGAAAGCUUCUAUAGAUACGGUUGCUGGGUCACUUCCUGAGAAACCACAAACUGCAGGUUCUGUUGAUGAUAAUUCAUCAGCGACAAGCUGGUACGCUAAAGACACCACACAUGCCGCCAUGGUAUUGUGGAGGAGCAAGAAGACCUUGGAGGGUAUAGCCAAAGAGUUGGAUGAUUAUUUCUUGAAAGCAUCAGCUGGUGUAAAGGAGAUCACGGUUCUUAUGGAGUUGAAUGGAAGUGAUAGGUUUCUUCCUCAGAAUUUCAAAGAAAACAAGGGGAAAAAGUGCAAUACUGCAAAGGUCUUCAGUGCAUUGUCAUGGAGUUGGCCUUCCAAGUCACUUCAGUUUACAAGAGAAUCUGUUGAUUCUGGCGGCCCUAUUGAGCCAUGCAGGCCUGGAGCUCAUUGCAUCACGCUUAAAAAGUUGCUCGAUGAGGAAAUAAAACUUUACAUGGAAGUUAAGGAGGAAGAGAUUACCAAAAUAGAGCUUGAGAAGAAAUCCUCAUUACUGCAUAAACAAGAGGAAGAAAACCAUGAGUGGACCAAGACGGAGAAAACUCGAUUGAGUGUUGAGAGUCUGGAGGCUGACCUCAGCCAUCUCCAACUGUCAAUAAGCAGAACUUCUUCUUCUAUAUUGGCACUUAUAGACGAUAAGUUGUAUCCUCAGUUGGUUGCAAUAACUUCUGGGCUGUUGCACGUGUGGAGAACAAUGUAUGAAAGUCACCAAGCUCAGUAUCAUAUUUCACAGCAGUUAAAUCAUCUAACCGAAGAUCAAAAGAUGGACAUGAGCACCGCUUACCAUCGCCAAGCUGCAGCUCAGCUUGAAUCCGAGGUCAUUCGUUGGUACAAUAGCUUCUGCCAAGUUGUAAACUCUCAACAAGAGUAUGUUAGAACCCUCUGUAGAUGGAUCAAACUCACCGACAGCCUUAAAGAUGACCAUCGACAGAGUCGUUAUUCCUCUGUUGUUGAUAGCUUUUGUGACCAGUGGCUGCUUGCUUUAGAAAGAUUGCCCGAUAAGGCAGCCUCAGAAGCAAUAAAGGGCCUUUGCUCUGCCAUCCACUCAAUCGUCGUCCAGCAGGAAGAGGAGUACAGCCUACAACGAAAAUACGAAAAAGCGGAGAAAAGGUUACAGAAGGAGCUGGAGUCGCUGGCCGAGAUGGAGAGAAAACUCGAGGGUGGCUUCACCGGUGAGGAUGGGGACUCCAAUUUGAGCCCUAAGCAUCCUUUGACACUCAAGCGCGCCAAAACCAAAGCGUUAAGGAAGCAAGUGGACAAUGAGAAGGCCAGAUAUAUGAAGUCAGUGCAGGCCACCAAAGCCAUGACUCUGAAUAACCUAAAAACAAGUCUUCCCAAUGUAUUCAAAGCGUUAAUGGAUUUAUCUAGGGGCUCUGUUGAGGCCAUUGAGGCGGUUUUUAACCAGAUUAAACCCGCAGAUGGCUGUGUUGCUGAAGUGGAAAGCCUAGAGAAUUGACCUUUUGUUGUUCUGAAAUGGGCGUUGGAGAUGCAUUUGGUUCCUGGUUUUUUGGUUCACCAGUUCUUGAUGCAAGUUCUGGCAUCUUUUAUGUAAGUUUGUUUAUAUUAUUAGCAAAAAAAAAACAAAAGAAAAUUACAGUUUUGUGCAUGACUAAUCUUGAGAAACUUGGAUGUCGCAAUUCACAUUACCCGGCUAACAGUUCUCUGCUUGAGGAAUAUGUUCACAUUUCCCGGAAAUUUCACUAUAGACGUGGUAAAAUGUAAUUUUACUAUAUGCAUAUAC